CUCACAGUAUUGCAACUAUUGCAUGGUAGUGUCACUGAACAUUGUUGACGGGAAAGUGUAUGUUUUUUCAUUUGUUGCAAACCAGCGUAUUUGACUAUAAUGAUCUAUGAACAAUCAUUUCAAAUACAAUAUCAUUUAUUGAAAUAAAGGUGAAAUUGAAUAUUUUCUCAAGAAUUUAUAUUAUUUCGAAACAAUGAGCGAGGUUAAAGAGAAGCAAGAAAAGGUGUUAGUCGAGCAGGACGAUGAAAAGAAAUCGCCGAAAACAAAGAGGAAACGUGAAAGUGAAGAGAGAAGUGUAAACUAUGAAGAAGUUAAGAACUCUAGGGGACGAUCUCCAGAUCCAGAACCAUCUAAGAGAUUAAAAUAUGAUACCGAACAAAAUACUAAGGAUGAUACUGUAAGUUCAACUGUUGAUAGUAAUAAGGAAGAAAAAGAAUCGUUAACUGAAGAAGUAUGCAACGACAAUGCAAUAAUAGUAGCGAAACAUUAUAAUUCAUUAGAAAAUAAGAAUUUAGCCCAGAGAAAUAGGAGUCGUAUUAUAUACCUGAGGAAUUUUAAUAACUGGAUUAAGAGCAUGCUCAUAACUAAAUUUGUGGAGGAGAUUAAAAGUAAAAUGAAUCAUGGAUCUCGUAUGAAAGUACUCGAUAUGUGCUGUGGCAAGGGAGGUGAUUUAUUUAAAUGGAAGAAGGCGAAUAUAUCUCAUUUAAUUUGCAUUGAUUUAGCUGAAGUAACUGUCCAACAGUGUCACGAUAGGUACAAAGAUCUGUUAAAACGAAAUGCUUCUCAGAGGAAUUCUCUGUUCUCUGCCGAAUUUAUAACUGCUGAUUGUACGAAGGUACGUCUGAGGCGAAAAUUUGAGGACCCUAGUAUGUAUCUGGACAUUGUCAGUUGCCAGUUUGCAUUCCAUUAUUGUUUCGAAUCGUUGCAACAAGCAGAAUGCAUGAUACAAAACGCGAGCGAAUGUUUAAAGCCUGGAGGAUAUUUUAUUGGAACGAUACCAGAUGCCUAUGAUCUCGUUUCUAGAUGGCAAAAAUGUGAUGGUAAUAGUUUCGGAAAUGAUGUUUACAACGUCGAGUUUUUUUGUGACAAGGAAAAGCCACCAAUAUUUGGUGCCAAGUACCAUUUUCAAUUAGAAGGCGUUGUCAAUUGCCCGGAGUUUCUUGUUUAUCUGCCUGCGUUUAAAAAACUAGCUUUGAAAUUCGGUUUGGAAAUGGUACUGUUUGAAAGAUUCGAUGAUUUUUAUGAUAAUAUGAAAGACAAGGACAAACAGUUGCUCAACAUAAUACAAGCUUUGGAGGUUUAUCCUCCUCGAGAUGGUCCACCUGUUGGUGAUCCCGAUCGAGAUUACCAGCACGCAAAGGAAUAUCUAAAAAUGUAUCCCAAUUAUUCUCAGAUCGGUACUUUAUCUAAAUCCGAAUGGGAAGUUACUUCGUUGUAUGCAGUAUUCGCAUUUAAGAAGAUGAAAACUGUAUGGAACAAGGACGGAGAAGCAGAAUAUGUAAACUCAUAAGUGUACACAUUAUACGUAUAAUUAUGUAAUGUUCAUUUUGUAGCAUAAGAUUAACUUUGGAAAAAAUUGACAAUUCUUAAUUCUACAAACAGAAACUAGUCUGACUAUAGUUGUGUAAAAUAUAUUUCAGUAUGAAUUUUAUCAUGUAAUGCUACACGCACAUAAUGUAGCAGUGUUUUAUAUAAGAAUGAAAUCUUAUAACAUCACCUAUUAAGAUUAAAAUGAAUUGUAUACAAUGUUUCGACAUGUUCCUUAUUCAAUGAUCUAGAAUCUAUGAAGAAAUAAAUAAAUAAAUAUCGUCAG